CAAGCUGUUAAAAUGUCAGCCGCUUUCGAAAAUUCACACCAUUUUUCGACCUUAAAUUGUGUUUUUGAUACGAUGGGCGGUGCUGAACUAAUUGAUCAAGCCACUUCCCAUCAAUUUCGCGAGGAUGCAGAAGACGAUCUAUCAAGCUCGUCCUUGCGGAAAACAAGCAACGAGACUGACGACGAAUCAACAACGGCUCAGAUAGAUGCAGAGGCGAAAAUCAACAAUUCCAACCCUCAAAGUGUGGAAGACGAUGCAUGGAUCUCAAAUGGUGGGGAAACAAGCAGUGAUUAUGGCGUGAGUAUGGGUUUGACUGGGAUUGUUCUUUUGACCAUGUUCUGGAUAAUCUACCCUCGAGCAGCACUAUACCGUUAUCAAGGCUAUGCCAUUAUUGCCAGAAAUUGGUCCAUGGGUUAGAGCCCUUCAAGGCUAGAGGAAAAGUAGAUGUCCCCCAUGUUCAAGGCCCUUUAGCACUACUUCGAUCCGCGAAGCAUGGGUGCUCUUUGUGCACUUUGUUUUGCUCCGGGGACGACACGAGAGCUUUGAUUUCAAAAUAUAUCCGUAUAUGGAAGGCCACCUUUGGAGAAACUCCUUUACCGAAUGCUGAAGUCCGGCGAACUAGUUUCGAUGAUGAUAGCCCUUCACAAGUUUAUCUAAACUUUUCAGAUCAUCCCAAGAUGGAGCCUAGCCCCGAGGUGUCUUUCUCGCUUGAAUUUUCGGUAGAAUUGAAAAACGCCGAGACUGAAAUUUGUGAGUUCCCCCUUGUGUGAAUAAGUGCUUUACGUUUCCAUAAUAGUAUAGAGGAGAGGGAAAGAUUGACUAGUAGUCAACCAAUGUUAAAAAUGAUGGACUUAAUUUCAGGGUUUUCAACAGCGGAAAGCUGGUCUGAGAUGGAGGUAUCCUUAUGCUUAGGUAGUUGCGGAAUGCAUAGUACUAACACUAACACCUGCUACUUUAGAUAAUAUGGUAACUGAAAACACUAAUAAAACAUCAAACACUAGUCAGUCGCUACCACUGGUGAAAGAAUGGUUCAAUACAUGUAAGAGACUGCACCCAAAGUGUAACAAUCGGAGGCAAGGGUUUAUACCAACGAGGCUUAUUGAUCUACAUGAUUCAAUUAUCCGAUUGCGAUUAAUCGGCUCUUUCAAAGAGGAAUCUGUUCAAUAUGCUACUUUAAGCCACUGCUGGGGCACCUCGCAAAAGGGAAUCCCAAAAUUAACGAGAUCAACCUUAGAAAACUACUUGUCAGAAAUCAGAACGAGGGAGCUUCCCAGAGCUUUUCUGGAUGCAAUUGAAAUUUGUAAAAGGUUGGAAAUUAGAUACAUUUGAUUCGCUCUGUAUUAUACAGGAUGAUGAAGAAGACUGGGCCAAAGAAUCCGCAACUAUGGCCGACGUCUAUGGCUGUUGUAAGUUUUAUCGGGGUUUUCAUAUUGCAUCCAGUUUCAAGUAAAAAUCUAUCUUUGGCAAUUUAUUCAAUUCUUGACAUACAAUUGACUUCUCGAAUUCUUUUAAUAGCCUCCUCUGAUAGUCACUUACUAAUCUCACAAUGUUUUAGGUCUGCUUAAUAUUGCCGCAUCUAGUGCCAGGGACAGCAGCCAAGGAUGUUUCUUCAAGCGCAAGGAUCUACCGAGAUGCCACGUCUCUCUAAAAAUCGAUAAUGAUACCAAUGUUGAGUAUGAUUUAAUGUCCGGGGCCCGGCAUCCAUUGUACGACACUGAUCUUUGUCCUUUGGAAAGCCGAGGCUGGACCUUCCAGGAGCGCCUACUAUCUCCACGGACUGUGCACUUUGCUCGAAACGAGGUCAUUUGGGAAUGCCGUAUUAAACUUGUUUCCGAAACCUCGCCUUUCAAUUCCAGAGAAGCUUUUUUGGUACUCAAAGAUCUAGUUUCAAUCAGGAAUUGGACCAAUAUCGUCAGUCAAUACUCAAACCGUAGGUUAACCUACGAAAAGGAUAGACUUAUUGCACUAGCUGGGAUCGUACAGGCCGUAUGGUCCCAAACUAAAGACGGAUAUUGUGCUGGAAUAUGGUACGACAAUUUGGGAGAACUGUGCUGGUGGAAUUAUGAGCGGCCGGAAAAGGUUUUCCCUAAGCGAGUCCCAACAUGGUCAUGGGCCUUCAUCAAAACGCCUUGCUAUCCAAAGGAUAGUUAUGAAAUUGGGAGUAUUAAGGUAUCAAAGGUCUUGAAAUUGGAAAGACCAAGGUCUGAUAAUCCAUUCAGUGACAUGACGAAUGCAGUACUUUGGUUGUCAUGUCCUCCACUUCUAGUUGCAAAAGUUUCCGAACCAGACCGCGUGACCAUGCGAAAUGGAUCUGCGAUAACAAGCGUCGCUUUUACCUCCUAUCCUAGUGAUAUGGUAGACGCUGAAACGUGCGUGUUUAUCCUAAGGCUCAUGAAUAGAGGGGAACUAAUUUUGAGGCGUACCGAAAAUUCCCAAGGUGAAUACGAAAGAAUUGGUGCAUGGGAUCACAGCCGCUAUCUUUCCGAAACCACAACUCUUCUAAAGCAAGUUUUUAACGACAGAACAAACCAUGCAGGAGAGAGUGCAUAUGUUCCGAGGGAGAGACACGAGUUUGAUGAUGAGCAACAUGUCAUAACCUUGGUCUAACCAUCAAUUAGGUUCAACGGAACUGAGAACCGAGCAGGGAAACGAGUAAGCGCUGUUUAGAUUGUGAUUGGACGAUGAAGCUAAAUUGUGUAGGGUUUUAACCACCUAUUCAACCACAUAAUGGAGUAUAUCUUUCAGGUCGAAGUUCGAUGAUGGUAAUUUCUCUCUAUUUAGGGUCUAAUUGCAUCAAACUGUUUAACUAUUCAAUAUCGGAAUCUGCUUUGCAUUAAACCAAGUUUCAGAAUGAACACAAGCGAUAGUUCGUGUAAUGCUCACCACGUUGUAUCUGAAAUCAUAUCGCCAUCCCAAGGAGAAGACAAUCAGAAUCACGUGGCAUGUGAUGGAUUAAAUGUAUUAUUGGAUCAGGAGUAGAAUGUUGGAGAUAAGAAGACCGUCUUGGACCGCUACGGCCAGCACGCAAAUUACGGCUUCGUCAAGGGAUUGCUCAAACUUUAUGGCGUGAUUCCAUCGAACCGGGAAGAAGGCCCAUGUUUCCAAAGAUGCCUUCAUGUUCCAGGGAUUUUAAGGAUAAUCGGCAAAGCAGAAUAUAUAAGUGCCAUCCCCUGGAGACUUUUAGUUUACGGAACUUUAAACCGCAAAACUUCUAGUUUAACUGCAAACUGAAGCAAAUACAACACCCACCCAAUCCCACAAAUGGAACCUCCAAGCUAUG